GACUUCUUUUCCAUCAAUUGCAUCAACUUGCAACUUGACCGUCGUCUGCCGCUGUAGUGCUUCCAUUGCAUCUUCAUCCGUCCGAAUCGAUUGCAUCUUCACCAAUAGCAUGGCGACUGCUUAUUACGAAUUCUACCGUGGAUCUUCCAUCGGGAUGGCGUUGACAGACUCACUGGAUGAGCUGAUUACAAGCGGAGCGAUAACACCUCAGCUGGCUAUGAAGGUUCUACAACAGUUCGACAAGUCGCUUGCGGAUACGAUGGUGAAGCAGGUCAAGGUGAAGACGUCCUUGAAGGGUCACCUACAUACAUACCGGUUGUGCGAUGAUGUCUGGACGUUCAUCGUGAAGGAUCCGUCGUUCAAGAUGGAGGGGAGCGAGAUUGUUAGUGCUCCGAGGAUAAAGAUUAUUGCUUGUAAGAAUGGGGAGGCGAUAGAGGCGGGGAAGAAGCAAUAAGUUUAAAGGUUGUGUUGUAUGAUGAUGGACUCUUUUUUUUUUUUUCCGCUUUCGUUGUUGCUAUCAUCGUGUAAUUCGUAUACUGCUUUCCGUUUACUGGGCUAUGUGGGAUUUGACUGCAACGUCCGGAUUGAAAUUCAGUGAUCAAAUGACGUUGGUUGACAAAGAUGGCCAUGAACGCUCUUU